AUGCAACGACUUGACCAAAAGCCCGCUGCCACUCGCGCAUUGCUGGCAGCAGCAGCAGGAGAGCGAGUGACGACACGACGCGUGCCUACUACCACGAGGCUCGCUGGCCCAGCGCCAGGACUCCCUUCCGCGAGAACAUAUGCGGAUUUCACCAGCGAUUGUGCGAAAUGCCUUCGCGAACAGGCACGCACGGCCCUCUCCCCUCCCUCACCCGCACCCCAUCUGGCGCCCACUGCAGCGCACCAGGCGCUAGGCAAAGCCAUGGCACCUCAGCUCUCGGUGCUCGCUCCCUGCACCACCACUUUAAUCAUGACCCCCCUGAUGCGCCACCGCACCGUGGCGCUGGUGGGCGACUCGCUCAGCCGCCAGCAGUUCCUCUCGCUGCUCUGCCUGCUCGCCCCCCGCCCCCGACUGCUGCCCCCCAACCACACCCACCCAGUCAACGCAGCCAGCGGGGGCAGGGAGGGCGGGCAGGGCGUGGCGGUGGUGGACGUGGGGUGGCGCUUCAACCUCACGUGGGGCGCGCCUGUGCGCGGCACUGCGAGGGGCGCGGCUGUGUGGCUGCCCGGCAGCAACACCACGCUGCUGCAGCGCACCUCCACCCUGCUGUGCCGCGACGAGGCGCUGCCCGCUGCCGUGCCCGUGGAGGAAGAGGGAGAGGAGGAGGAGGAGGAGGGGGAGGAUGAGAAGAAGGAAGGGGGGAGUAAGGGGGAGAGUGUGGAGGAGGGGAGGGAGGAGGGCGGGCAGGGGCGACGGCAAGUGAGGGCGGGGAGGAGGAGGCAGUACAGGCGGGUGGUUCAGGUGUAUGAGGCGGACGAGUGGCUGCUGCAGCACCUGUGGCGCCUGGACGUGAUCGUGCUCAGCACUGCCAACCACUGGACUGCCCACAGCUUCAGUGCCAACCAGCGGGCCGUGCAGGCCUCCCCCACCGCGCGCCCCUUCGUGCCGUCGGAGAGUCAACUGGAGUCAACGCCAUUCAUGGCUGGCCUGCGCAGGCAGGCGCUGCUGGCAGUCAUGAGCUCGCUGGCGCUCGCCGCUGCCCGCUCUGCCCGUGCCGCUCCGCCGCUCAUCUUCCUGCGCUCCGCCUCGCCCAGCCACUUCACCGGCGGCACCUUUCAAUCCGGUGGCCGCUGCGACAUGCAUGCGCCCAGCAUCCCGUGGCUGCGCCUGCUGGACGCCUUCCCCCUCUCCCUCAUGCGCCCCGAUGCCCAUGUCGUUGCCUUCCCCCCGCUCCCCAAAGCACCCCCUCUGCCUCUCUCGUUCAUGUCAGAGAAACCGCUGCUGCCACACAGGCAGCUGCUGCCACACGAGGCUGUGAAUGGUUCUCUGGUGGGGCAGGGCGGUGAUGGGUCAGCGCGGGGGCGAGUGGGGGGAAUGACUCGAGACUGCGUGCACUGGUGCCUGCCUGGCGUGCCGGACACCUGGAACGAGCUCAUGUAUGCCGACCUCCUGCAGUCUGGCCUUCUCCAAGUCACUUGA